GAAACGCCCCCAGUAAAUGAGCUAAACAAAAACCCUUACUUUCUCCUCUCAAUAACAUAACCCGACAAGCAGCUUCCAGAUUCCUGUGUCUCAACGCGUACAGACACACCAUCUGUAUGUGCUUCUUUCUAUUUUUUCGUCUUUGCCUCUGUUGAUUGUUGCCGCCAGGAAAUAUGAUUAAUCUCUUCAAAGUGAAGGCAAAGCAGAGGGCUGAAAACCCCAAUGGAACAGCACCAAUCAAAAAGCAAAGUGCAGGGGAGUUGCGUGUUCAUAAAGAUAUUGGUGAACUGAACCUACCACAAAGUUGUGGCAUAUCAUUUCCCAACGGCAAGGAUGACCUGAUGAACUUUGAGGUUGUCAUUCGACCUGAUGAAGGAUACUACAUAGGCGGUACAUUUGUGUUCUCCUUCCAAGUUCCACCUGUAUAUCCCCAUGAGCCGCCAAAGGUGAAGUGCAAGACUAAGGUUUAUCAUCCUAACAUUGACUUGGAAGGAAAUGUCUGCCUUAACAUACUACGAGAAGACUGGAAACCUGUCUUCAACGUAAAUACUGUCAUCUAUGGACUGUUUCAUCUCUUCACGCAACCUAAUUAUGAAGACCCCCUCAAUCACGAUGCUGCUGCUGUAUUGAGAGACAACCCGAAGAUGUUUGAAUCGAAUGUGAGAAGGGCGAUGGUUGGUGGCUAUGUAGGACACAACUUCUUCCCCCGGUGCAUGUGACAUCUGCUUCUUGUGUAUCAUUUUCCAAACUAAUUUACUAGAGGUCCAGAAGCUGUAGAACGGGUUGGUGUUUUUUCACUCAUGUGAACUAAGAAGAACCGAUGGGAAUUCUGAAGUGUACUUUAUUCCCCUUGCUGACUGUAUUAUUCUCUGUUGAUUGGUCUCUUUCUUCUUUGCGUGAAGCCUAAAUUGGAUUAUAUGGAAGGGCGCCACAUUUGUGGUAUUUUGACC